UCAAAAUGAACUCUCUCUGAAUUUCGAUAUCAGCUGAUUUCUGUUUACCGUGUCAAUGUCAGAUGUGAGUUUAUGUUUGAGUUGUUUAUUGUGGUUCCGGUGCCGGCAUUUUCGUAAUUUGAUGCACAAUGGCGUUCUCGAUGCCCAUGAAGCAAAUUGGUGUAAAAAACAUCGGAUUUCGUGUGGAUCUGAUGGAGUGGAGCAAUAAAAUGGAUCUCAUAGCAAUCGCAAAUGAAAAAGGAGAAAUCAUCAUUCAAAGGUUGAACUGGCAAAAGGUGGUAAUAUUUCCUCCACCUGUGGAGAGCGUGAAAGUGAAGGCAUUGGCGUGGCAGCCAGGCGAAGCAGUGAUCGCUGCAGGUUACAGCAACGGUAAAGUAUCUUUGCUUGACAUAGAGAAAGAGGAUGAAAUUUACACGUUUACGUGUGAAUCUGAUAUAAAAACCUUGAAUUGGACGAAAACGAAUAUCCUGCCUAAAGUUGAUAAGAAGGACAUCGAUUAUUCUACACCAAAUGACGACGAUUAUCUAUCACCUCUGCCGAACCUAAAUUCUCUGACUUCUACAUCUCGAAAAUCAGAAUUCUGUUCAACGAAGUCGUUUGCAAAAGGCCCGCCCAAUUUUCUGAUCAUAAGUCUAACCUCGGGACAAAUACUCAUUUCUGUAUUUGGAUUGUUACCAUGUGGCACUAUAAACAUUUCCGAUCACAUUAUUGAUUCUCAAAACUAUGAAGUUCAUGAUGUCCAAAUGAGUUCCAAUUUCAACGAGGUGUUUGUAUUCUUGACUAACAAUGGAGUUCUUGAAUUACUUAUAUUCGAAAACAACAUUCUGUCAAAAUAUGCACAACCACUUUUCAACUUAGCGAUAAAACAUGGUAACAUAGUGGAUACAAUGAACUAUAUAAAUGAAACUAUACAGUGUAUAAUUGAAGCCUGGGAGACUGUCCUAUUGGAGAUGGACAAUAAACUAACUAAAUAUGCAAAUUCGCAACCAGAAGGUUCCAUUUCAGCGGAUUUCUUAGAGUUACUUAUGUUUGGAUAUCCUUCAGAGGCUUUAGAACAGUUUCUUGUAAGGGACUUAACCGAGAAGGGACUGAAAAAGCUGGGAAACUCUAUAGAGUUAAGUUACUCAACUAUCCAGAAACUUGUGAUUAAACCGUUGCACAAUGCGGCUACGAACUUGAUUUAUCAUCUCAAUAGCAUCAAAGGGUUAAGUCGGAAUUCUUACAGUUACAGCGCUUUACUCGAUAUAAAAUGUGCAGAAAAGGCGACUUGCAGCGCGGGUUCAUUUCUUAUCAAAAUAUUCGAACUGCAACAGACCAUUUCUCAAUCUGUAACGGACUAUAAAACAUUUUGGUGUUGGUUAUAUAUGGCUAUUAUUCGACUCAUGGAUGAAAAUGUUCCAGAUGAAGUGUCAUCUACUUCACAACAGGAUAUAACAUACUUGGCCGAAUUUUUAAACAGUUUUGAUGAUUGCAUUUUCGAGAAAGAGGACGGAGGCGUAGGCAAACGGAAAUUCAAUUUGGAAAGAGUCGGGCAAUAUCUUGAGGAUUGCGAUUUACAGACUCCCAUUAAACAACAUGAUUGGAACAAUUUGCUGAGUGAAAAUGAAUGCCUUCGAGAUUCGGCACUAAUUUUUCCGCAUCACAAGAAUCAAUCACUUAUACAAGAGUGCAAUUCAGUGAAGAAAAACAUUACAGAGUUAUUUCAACGUCCAAAUAACCAAAUUGGAGAAAACUUUCAAUUGAAAUCGAGAAUCAUCUGUUCUGCCUUGUCUGCAGACCCAGUGCACACGGCAUUCAUAUCAAAUGAAGUCACACCAUCCGAUAUGUUAGUCGCAACUACAAGCGCGAAUGAUUUAAUCUAUAUCGAAAUUAUUUCAAAAAACGAACUGAAAUCGUCGAGGCUGAAUUUCAUGAAGGGACCAUUCACACAACCGCAAUUCAAGGACUUGAGUGACAUGGUUGUAAGAGAUUUGAAAUUUUACAACGAAAGUACAAUGUCCCUUUUAUUGCGAGGGCUAUCGGAAGGACGUAGUGUAAACUAUUUCAUUCAAUUCGGUAUGCCCGAAUGGCAAGCAACAUGCUCUCAUCAUCACAUCACAAAGGAGUUGGAUUUACGACAGUCGGCUGUGAUGACCAAUUGUUUUGAAUUCGUAGAUGUUGGAUGUUUUUCGAAGCCAAUCGAUGGUAAUACCUGUGUUCAAAUCGCUGUGUCAGGCAGCCGCAAGGUGGCAUCAAUUCUCUCGGACAAUUGCCGGAAAAUCCGACUGUACGAAAUGGAAGUGGAGGAUGAAGACGAUGAAAUGGAGCCAGGUCUGAAUUUAUUUACUUCGAGAGAAAUGGUGUAAGAUUUUGUCUUGUCUAAAUAUGUGAAUAAAGAGACUUCAUAUCGGAAAGAGUGUUGCUUUUUU